UGAAGAAGGGUCAUUUCAUAGGAGAAAAAGCAGAAAAAAUACAUGAAAUAGCUCUUCGAUUGGCUGAUAUGGUAAAGAAAGAUCCUUUUUUUUUAGAGAUGGUGUCAUUGGUUCAAAAUUCUUUAAAAAUAGAAUUUGUAAAAGAGUCAGAGAUACCUUCGUUACCUGAAAUAAAGGAUCCAUUAUUAUUAAAGCAGGUUUUUACACAUAGAUCAUAUGCAUACUCUACUCAGUCUUAUAAUGUUUCUGAAAGAGAUAUUUUAAAACUGCAUAAUGAAAGGCUUGAGUUCUUAGGUGAUUCAUAUUUAAAUCAUGCAGUUACAAGAUUACUUUUCAAUGCAUUUCCAGAUGCUCGUGAAGGAGAGUUAUCUGUGAUGCGUUCGGAACUUGUAGGAAAUACUAAGGCUGAAAAAAUUAGUAGACUUUAUGGAUUUGAUAAAAGGUUACUUUUGAGUGAAUCUGCAGAAAGCGAUAAUGUUAGAUCUUUAAAAAAAAUUGUAGCUGAUAUAUUUGAAAGUUAUAUUGGUGGUUUAGUAUUGGAUUCAUCUAAUGGGGAGAAAAUUGCUUUUCGCUGGAUUUCUCAGUUGAUGGCACCAGAUAUUUCUUUGUUUCAAAAAAAGCAAAAGAAUUCUGUAGAGCUAGAUAAAAUGGCAAAACAGACUUUAUAUAAUCGGAUUGGAAGAGAAUAUCAUACGGAUGGGCAAACGCGAAAAAAGAUUGAAUAUAUAUGGAUCGGUGGAGAAGGUGGAAAUAAGGAUGGAUAUGAAUAUAGUUGUAGAAUUGAUGGUCAAGAGGUCGGUCGUGGAUGGGGUCCUAAUCAAAAGAUUGCUGGUAUUCGCAGUGCUAUGGAUGCUUUAGCAAAACUUCCUUCAGAAAACAUAUGAUUAUUUCUUUUAGGAUUUUUUUUAAUACUUUUUAAAAUAUUUUAGUCUUUCAUCUUCAAAUUAUUUAAUAGA